AUGAUCAUAAAACACAUUGGUUUCAUCGUUUGUCUUAUGUGUGUUCUUCCAUCAAUCCUAGCUUAUACACCAAACAGGUGUAACCGAUCAUGCGGCACAGUUCAAUCUAAACACCUGCCCUUCCCGUUCGGAUUCUCCUCCGGCUGCCAAAUCCGUCUGAACUGCACCAAAAAUGGCACCAUGGUUAUCGAUGACUUUCCGGUCCAGCAAGUAACAUCUGAUUCUAUACUGGUCAACCUUCCGGCCCAAUGUGGCCGUCCGGUCGAAACCCUCCACCAUCUUUUCAGUCCAAACUAUGCUCCGACGUCGCAUAAUGGAAUACUUUUACAGAAUUGUAGCACACCCCUCACGGCAUGUUUGAUUCCGACCACUAUGGUUCAAACCCAUUUUGAAUUGCUUGAUUGUGGAUCAAAGGAUGACAAUAUUAGCUGUUACUCGGAGCAGAACAACCGGAGUUUGUUCAUUGAUUACUACAACUUAACGAGAAGCCGAUGCCGGUCACUUUUCUCGGCGAUCUCAGUUGUGUCAUUGGGGGGUAUUAAUAGCUCGGCGGUGUCAUUGGAGGUUCAGGUGGUACAAUUGGGGUGGUGGCUUGAAGGGCUUUGUCAGUGUUCCGACCACGCCCAAUGUACUAAAAUUUCUCCGCCGGUUAAUGACCGGCUAGGAUAUCGGUGCCAAUGCUUGGAAGGGUACCGUGGCGAUGGAUAUCGGGCCGGCUUGGGCUGCCGGAAAGAAUCUACAGCAUGCAACCCUUCAAAGUACUUGUCUGGCCGAUGUGGAGGAACAACAAGAAUUGGCGCUUUAAUUGGAGGUGUCGUCGCCGGAGCUGCUUUGAUGGUCAGUGUGGGAUUAAAAGCAGUGGACUUUUUGCGACCCCCGAAUGAAGUGAAUUUGGCUAAUCUUGCCAUUGAGAAGAUAGGUAAGGGGUGUUUAGAGGAGAUAAUCGAUCCAUUCCUGGAACCAGACACAGAUGCUUGGACUCUUUCAUCAAUGCACAAGGUGGCUGAGAUGGCAUUCAGAUGCCUUUCAUUUCACAGGGACAUGAGGCCUUCGAUGAUGGAAGUGGCAAUUGAAUUGGAACAAAUCAGGCUUAGUAGAUGGGUGUCAUCGGAAGAGAACAUCACAGCUUCAUCUGAAGUAUCCUCUUGCUCAUCAACAUCUAAUUUAAGUGAGAAACCACUAGGCCUGACAGUAAAGAAACCUGAACUGGAAAGCGGUCUAUUUGCCAGCAUGAAUUCAAUGGACAGUGUGAAGGACUAUUCCUUUAUCUCUGUGCAGGACCUGUGGCCAAGUGAACAAAGCUCCCCAUCAUCUAACCGUUUACUCAGCAAUGUAAUUCAGUGA